GGACCCUGCCGGAUUACAAGAACGUGAUGACGAAAGACGUUCUCUCUUUGCCCCAUCUACUGCGAGAAUGAAGACCAUUCUCAGCAAUCAGACGGUCGACAUUCCAGAAAAUGUGGACAUCACUCUGAAGGGGCGCACAGUCAUUGUGAAGGGCCCCAGAGGAACCCUCCGGAGGGACUUCAAUCACAUCAACGUAGAGCUGAGCCUUCUUGGGAAGAAGAAGAAGAGGCUCCGGGUUGACAAAUGGUGGGGCAACAGGAAGGAACUGGCCACCGUCAGAACCAUCUGCAGCCACGUUCAAAACAUGAUCAAGGGUGUUACGCUGGGCUUCCGCUACAAGAUGAGGUCCGUGUAUGCUCACUUCCCCAUCAACGUUGUUAUUCAAGAGAAUGGGUCUUUGGUUGAAAUCCGAAAUUUCUUGGGUGAAAAAUACAUCCGAAGGGUUCGGAUGAGGACAGGCGUUGCUUGUUCUGUCUCUCAAGCCCAGAAGGAUGAAUUAGUCCUUGAAGGAAAUGAUAUUGAACUUGUUUCAAACUCGGCGGCUCUGAUACAGCAGGCCACAACAGUUAAGAACAAGGAUAUCAGGAAGUUUUUGGAUGGUAUCUAUGUGUCUGAAAAGGGAACAGUGCAGCAGGCUGAUGAGUAGACCUAAGUUACCAGUUCCAGAAACAAGAUCCUGAAUUUUAAUAUGAUUUGGGGUAUCUUUUGGGACAAUAAAAGACUUGUAUUGA